AUGUCUUCCAAAGCCAACCACCUUCACUUCAUCUUGUUUCCUUUGAUGGCCCCUGGCCAUAUGAUUCCCAUGAUCGACAUCGCCAAGCUGCUAGCACAGCAAGAUGUGGCUGUUACCAUCGUCACAACUCCCAGUAACGCCCAAAGAUUCGGCAAAACAAUCAAUCGCGCAACCGAAUCCGGGCUCAGAAUCAACCUGCUGGAGGUUCAUUUUCCAUCUGUAGAAGCCGGAUUGCCAGAAGGUUGUGAAAAUCUCGAUUCUCUUCCUUCCCUAAGCAUGGCAAUCAACUUCUUCAUGGCCCUCAACUUGUUUCGCCAGGAGGUGGAGCGAACUUUACUAACAGAGGUGAAUCCGAAACCAAGCUGUAUAAUUUCAGACAUGGGUUUGCCUUGGACCAACCAAAUCGCCAAAAGAUUUCAGAUCCCAAGGAUCGUGUUCCAUGGUACAUGUUGUUUCUCCCUAUUAUGCUCCUACAACGUUUUAAAGUCGAAUAUUUGCCAAAGCAUUAACACAGAUACAGAGUAUUUUGUGGUGCCCGGCUUGCCUGAUAAAAUUGAAGUUACUAAAGCUCAAAUCCUUGGCACCACGAACGCAAAUUCAUCCUCAUUCAAAGAAGUUACCGAGCAAAUCAGAGAAGCAGAGGAGACAUCAUAUGGCGUUAUAGUCAACAGCUUUGAGGAACUAGAACCUAAUUAUGUGGAGGAAUAUCGAAAGGCAAGAGGGAAAAAAGUUUGGUGCAUCGGCCCUGUUUCCCUUUGCAACGUUGAUAACCUAGAUAAGGCCCAGAGAGGGAACCGUUCUUCAAUUGAUCAACAGUACUGCUUGGAUUGGCUGAAUUCGCAUGACCCAAGAUCAGUCAUUUAUGCAAGCUUUGGAAGCUUAUCUCGGCUGUCAUCCUUGCAGAUGAUGGAGCUUGCUUUAGGCUUAGAAGCAUCAAACAAACCCUUCAUUUGGGCAUUUGGGAAAGAGCCCAAAUCUGGCGAAUUAGAUCGGCAGGCUGUCAUGCCCAAGGAUUCAAAUAGAAGUAGAGAAACAUUUCGGGCCGAGUUAAAAUUAGGAUAA